UUUAUGUGCGCGCUCGUUACGCUCGCGCAGAGGGUAAUUUCUGUGAGAGAGGAGCACAGCAUCCACAGCUUGUUGAAGGUGGGUGUGACGGACAACAUCUUUACAACUUAAGAAGUCCACAGGAAUUAUCUUUUUUUUCGUCUGUAACUUGACCUGCAGCAAAACUCUUAAGAUGGCAGCCUCUGAAGAUAUCCAGGUCAAAGAGCUUGACAAGCGGGCCUCUGGCCAAGCCUUUGAGGUCAUCCUGGCUGCCCCAGAUGCCAAGGGUGACUUCCCCCUGUCUCCUCCCAAGAAGAAGGAUGUCUCACUGGAAGAAAUUCAGAGGAAGCUGGAUGCUGCAGAAGAGAGACGCAAGAACCAUGAAGCUGAGGUUCUGAAGCACUUAGCUGAGAAGCGUGAGCAUGAAAAGGAGGUGCUGCAGAAAGCUAUGGAGGAGAACAACAACUUUAGUAAGAUGGCAGAAGAGAAGCUCAAUCAGAAGAUGGAGGCCAACAAAGAGAACCGCACAGCACUUAUGGCAGCGAUGAAUGAGAAGUUCAAGGAGAAGGACAAGAAGUUGGAAGAGGUGCGAAAGAACAAGGAAACCAAAGAGGGAACUUCGGAAGACUGAAAGUUGCAAACAGGGGAUUGUAUAGGGUUUUUUACGUAUCCAAAGAUUGAUUUAUUUUUUGUUUGGCCAGUAUUUUUGUUGUGUUCACUACCCACCUUUUUGAAAUAAGAAAUACAAGUUCCACUUUGUGAAUUUUUCAAUUCUCCUGCUAUAAGUGUACUUGCGCUGGUUUUACAUGUGGAUCAUCUUCCCCCGUUGUUGAGUCUAAUCCAUUCGAUGUAGCUUGUCAGUGCAGCUUCUGCCCUUUUUGAAAAUUAGCAGUGUGUACUUAUCCUUUUUGAGGAAGCAUGUUUCUAUGCAUAGGUCUUUUUUUCCCUGCCUAUUUCAUAGUGGUUUUUGACAAUAUUCCUGUGAAUCACACCUGUUGUCGGCACUAAAUGUAUAUUUAAAAAAAAAAAAAAAAAAAAAAAUUAGCACAAGGUUUGAUCAAGGCGUCGGCUGUUAUACAUGCAGAUGUUUUCGUGCAGCUUUGCUACCCAGAUUCUGCUAGUUUGCUCCUGCAGAUCAUGUUUUGUGCCGCUGCUGAUUCUUAGCUUUUGUAAAAAUAUGGAGUUGUCUUCAAAGCACAUGACUUCUUGCUGUAUAGCUGUGAAUUAACAUGCCAGACAUGUAAAUUGAUGUCAUCUGGAAGAUCACUCAACAGGGGCCUACACAUGGAAUGCAAAUGAGCAAUACACUUGGCCGUCUCAAUAGAUACAGUGACUAGUUGACUUGAACUGUUGUACUAAAACAAAUAAAAAAAAAAAUGUAAACACA